AUUUCUGAGGCAACCUCAAUACAUGACUUACUGGACUUGUUCUGGUGUUACGGAUCUAAUCCAGACUUAAGUAUGUGAAGGUCACACGUGGACUAGCAGUUGCAUCGGUGCAAUUGGUAGCCUCAUCAUGGCGUUUUCAACAUUUCUCUUACGACUACUGUUUCUGUUCCGCUACGCGGGAGAGUCGAUUUCCUCUGUAAUACCGUCAGCACGCCCAUCUGGACGAUCUUAUGCUGCUCUAGGCGACUCAUAUGCUGCUGGCGCUGGGGCCGGGUAUCCCUUGGGACUGGGACUUGGCUGCGGAUACUUCUCGGACGCCUACCCGGUACAGGUCGCCAACAACAGCCUCCUGGAUAUCAAGAAUGUCAGGAUUCUCGCAUGCGGUGGCGCCACAACCCUAACCGUCCUGCAUGACCAAGUCCCUCUCGUGGGCGAUCCGGAUCUCCUGAGCAUCACGGUCAGUGGAAACGAAGUGGACUUCGUUGGUGUGCUGAAUGAGUGCGUCUAUCACUUUUGGCCGUCUUCAACCUGCGAAGCCGAGGUUGCCAAGGCAAGACGAUUGAUCGAAUCUGCGCUGGGGGACAACAUGAGAGCCCUUAUCCGUGGGGCCAACAAGCGAUUGAGACCUGGUGCGCUGUUGAUCGUGACAGGCUACGCCAGGUUUUUCAACCCGGAGACAGAUAUCUGUGACCACGCCACGUUCAGUCGGACUCGACCAUUGGACUACCUUACCAAAGCAAAGAGAAGGAAACUAAACGGCCUUGUGGACAUCUUAAAUGAUGUUAUCCGAGCAACGGCGGAGGCAUAUGGCGCUGUGUAUUUGGACAUUGAUGCUGUCUUUGAAGGGCAUCGCUUCUGUGAGGAAGGGGUUCAAGAGCCUGAUGUUGGAAGAGAUGAGACAUGGUUCUUCAAUAUACCGGCCCAAGAGACGCUUCAAACUCAGACUGAGCAGAGAUUGCAAUUGCAAACAUUGGAGUCAGGCCAGGUCGAAGUAGGUGGAAUCAAGCAUUAUGCGGACGCGAAGGUUUUUAGGAUAUUCCACCCAACCAGCCUUGGUCACACAAGGAUUUCUGAGGCGCUUGUUGAGAAAGUCAUGCUUCUGGAAGCCAUUGCCGGCUAGGAUCGAUAUCUCUAUAUAUUAAAAAUGAGAACAAUCAAUGUCACUGUUGCCAAU